AUGGAGGAUUCUCGGGUGCCAGAGGAUCCUACCGGUUACCAAUCGGAAGCCUCUACUUCCGGUCGUGGAGAGACUGCCGUUGGACCCUCUCCUCGCCCUAAGGUGUCGGUAGUAUACCCUAGCAAUCCUAGGGUACCCGUAGGAGUGCUGAAUGAGCAUUUGUUCGGUGUCAAUUACUUGGAGCCGAACAAGAUAACUGAACGGGAGAUAGCCAAGUACCGUGCUGAGUACGCAUCCUAG